AUGUUUUGUAAAAUAAAUCUGAAUAUAUGUCUUUAUUAUCUUAUAACGUUGGCUAUACCUGCAUAUGGAAUUGAUACUGAAUUAACUGUUGUCGUCCUAGCUAAUCAACGUGAAUGUUUUCAUGAAAUGCUUGAAAAAGAUGUAACAGUUGAAAUCGAAUAUGAAGUAUUAGCUGGUGGUGAUUCGGACAUAAACUAUUGGUUUUAUUCUCCAGAAAAUCGCAUUUUACAAACGGAAUUUAAAAAACAUGAUGGUCAUCAAACAUUAAAAUUAGAAGAAACCGGAGAAUAUCGUUUCUGUUUUGAUAAUUCCUUUUCACGAUUUAGUCAAAAACACGUUUAUUUCAGUUUAAGAUCUCUUUAUGAACACGGCAAAAGUGAUAAUGUCACAGAGGAUUGGAUGAAUUCAAUUAGUAAAGAUGAACUCGGUGAAUUACAAAGUAAACUCGAAAAUAUUAAAACUUCAUUUCAAUGUAUAUGGGAUAAUAUGGAAAUAGCUCAACGAUACCAAAAUCAUUUAAAAAUCUUUGAAGUACGUGAUCGUGUUGUAAUUGAAAAUAGUUUUCAUCGUGUAAAUUUCUGGUCGAUUAUAAAUUCAAUUCUUAUGUUUAUUGUAACAAUAAUACAAGUUAUAACUAUUCGUAGUUUAUUUGAAAAUAAAUCUGCUUAUGGUAAAUUUUUACGUGGAAGAAAACACUGA